AGUCCGUUCUGUCUGCACGGCUCAGCUGCAGCCCCCAGUGUGAGGUGGCUCACAUGCCCCAGCACAGGUUAGGGGUUGUCCUACUGGAAAGGAGCAGCCACCACGAUCCCUCCGGUCCCAUCGGGCAGGGCGGAACCCUUCAGCGAGGCUCCUCUUUCCGCCCGGCCGCUGUGCUCUGUUGCCCGGUAACGUGGUUGCGGGCGGGGCGCUGCGCAGUGUCCCGGUGCGGAGGCUCGGCGGUGCCGUGAUGCUGGAGCAGGACGGCGGGCUGUCCCUCACCAUAGCGCGGAUCGUGCAGCGGCUGAAGGGCUCCAGCCUCCACUCCCAGCUGGAGCGACAGGCCCGGAUCAGCCUACACAACCCAGAAAUUAAACUGGAAUCACUAAAAGAAGACAUAAAGGAUUUUCUGAAGACAUCAGGUUGGGAAAAGAAGCUUCAGAAUGCUGUUUAUAGUGAACUCAAUGUGUUUCCUUCACCAUGUCAUCCUGCAGCACCUCCUGAGCAUAUGAAAGAACCAUUGGCUUAUAUGAGGAAAGCACAGGGAAGCUGGGAGAAGCGAAUUCUGAAAAGUCUAAAUAGUAUGUGUACAGAGCUCAGUAUCCCGCUUGCACAAAAGAGGCCUGCAAGUGAGCAGAAAGAGCUGCUUAAUAAAUGGAAUGAAAUGGGAACUGAUGAACCAGAUCUAAGUCUCUUCAGGCCUGUUUAUGCACCUAAAGAUUUUCUUGAGGUACUGAUGAAUCUUCGAAACCCCAAUUAUGAAAAUGGAGAGCAGCCUAGUUUCAGAAAUCAUCUGGGGCUAAUUCAGGUUCCUCUAAAAGUUAAAGAUAUUCCAGAAUUGAAAGAAGACUUCAGUGAACUAGACUUAAACAUAGGACAGCUGGGUAUUGAUGAUUCAGCACAAGUGCCUCCUGAGUUCUUUGAAAAUGAGCAUGUACGUAUUGGACAAAAAGUUUUAGCAGAACAAGAUAGCGCUGCAGCUCAACAAUAUGUUCGUCAGGGAUGUCCAACAGCACUCCGAGCUGAUCUAUGGGCCCUCAUUCUGAAUAUUUCUAAUCAGCCAGAGGAUAUCUUGUAUUAUGAGCAGCUGAAGUCAAAUGUCAUCCAGCAUGACCUUUUAGUGGACAGCCUGAUUUACAAAGAUGUAAAGCUAACGGCAAGCAAUGAUGAUUACUAUUUUGUAUUUGAGGAUUAUUUGUAUCAGGUAUUACUCUGUUUUUCCCGAGAUACUUCAGUGUUGGAGCACUUUGCUUACAGCAGUGCUACCCCACCAAAAUCAUACAUACGAGGAAAACUUGGAAUAGAAGAAUAUGCUGUUUUCUAUCCACCAAACGGUGAGAAUGAUACUAUUGCCUCCUCUAGCGGUAGAUUGGAAAGGUGUAAUCCCAUUUCAUGGCUUUUCUAUGUAUGGUUUCCAGAGUUGGUGAUGGUGCUGAUGGUGAGUUUGUUGCUUCUUUUUGUUUUCUUUUUUUUUUAUUUUCAGUCAGAGUUCAAGAUUAUCCUUAAAAUGCCAUAUUUAGCUACUAAUAAAGUUUAAUGAUCCCGCACCUUUAAUUGUCAGAGGUAAAAGGCAAUUUAAGUAUGAAAUAGAAAUUUGGAAUUGAAUGGAGAAUCUAAGCCUUCUGAAGUAGGAACCAGCUUGGUUAUAUACUCCUCCUUAAGUGCUCACUAGGAGGCUUUCCGUUUCUUCCAUGAGAAACUGCUUUUCAAAAUGUUUGGAUUUGACUCUGCCCUUUAGAACAGCGCUAUCAAACUGGGUGGGAGCCUCUUCCCCCCCUUUUUUCCCCUUUUACUUGGAAUGGGCACAAAAUAGACAGGCUGUGAGAAGGAGGGAGACUGAAAAGGCAGGCAGCUGAAACACUACAGCAUGAAUGCAAGCUGUGUGUGCAGAAGCUGGGUCCAAACAGCUGCUCUAGGAGGAAGUACCUGGGACCUGAUGUAAAUGUCGUAUACUUCUGCAUGUUUGCACACAUACUCUUGUACUGUGCCACCUGUCAGGCACUGUUCUCAUAUCCUCCUGGGCUCUAUGUACAAAAGCACUUUGCCAACUCUUUUCCCCUCAGCCUUCAAUCCUUACACAUACACACUAGUAAAACCCUCUGCUUUUCUUAAGCCAGUGUAAAUACAUAUUUCAGUGAAUAUCUCACUUUGCCUUUGUGCCCCCACCUCUCAUACACAAGUGCUAUUAUUUUAUAGUAAGCCAUCUUCUCUGAUUUAUAUAUGUAAAAGAAUGAAUUCACACAUGCAGGUUCUAAGUAGUUUAGAUUCUUGAAAUAUUAAGAACUGUAUGCUAGAAUGUAUUGUAUUCCCUUGCUUAAAUUUGUGCUUCAAAUGGUAUACUAUUAUAACAAUCUUUGAAUAGUUUUUAUAGUAUAAGUUUUGUAAAUUGUGCCAAUAUAUAUUACAUGGUUUUCACCAUAUUUCAUGCCUCUAACCAUUAAAUUCUUUUAGCAGUUUACAAUGUUGUGUCAAUUAUAAU